CUGUGAUUCUAUGCUUCAGAAAAGUGUUUCAAGUUUUGGAAGUGUUCCAAAUAGAUGGACCUCAUGAUAUUUCUGCCAUGUGUUCCGAGUUACCUUUCCUUGCAGCCUCACAGUUAAUUGCUGCUUGGUUCCUGAAGCAUUACUACGCAAACCAAAGGGAAGAUUGCUAAAAAAUAGAAGUAGAAAAAAGAUGCCUCUACUUGUAUGCCUGCCCUUCCACCAAAACAACAGGUCUUAGCUUCUGUCGAGGAGGAUUUCAUUUCAUGUGUAUUGAUCAAGUCUUUGCAAAGGCCCAGAUGGGCUCAUUGAGCAUAAAAUCAAAACUUCAGCUUAUGACUUAAGAAUUGCAAGUUUGCAUCUGUUUCAGCUUCCUAGCAUCAGAGCAUAGAUGUGUGCUUGCUUUAGGAAUAACAGCAAACCAGAUUUCUGCAUGGGUGACACACUUAAUUAAAGAGAAGGUGUGAGAUGAAAAGUAAUUUGCAACGCCUGUCCCAACAAAAAAUGUUCUUGUACAGGGCCACGAUGCGUGUUGGCAAUCUGUGGUGUCAAGAAGAAGAAACAGAAGGAAGUGUUGUGUCGUUCGAGGUGGCUGGCUCCAGCAUCCCUCCAUCCACCCAUCCAUCCCUGCAGGAGGCGGGCGAUGGGCUCUGUGUCGCAGCACCCCUGUGCUGUGCCCUGUGCCGCCACAACAGCACGGCAGUUGCUGUAGUGUGGAGGAAAAUGGAUGAUGAUGAUGAUGACGUUCCCCAGCUUUCAUCCCAUACAUUGGCUGCCCUCCAGGAGUUCUAUUUGGAACAGCAGCAGAGAGAGGGCAUGAAGACCUCCCAAGGGUUUAAUCAAUAUUCUGUUGGCUCCAUAGAAGAAGACUGGCAACUGAGCCAGUUUUGGUACAGUGAAGAGACUGCAUCGUGCCUGGCUAGUGAAGCGAUUGUGGCAGCAGGAAAAGGUGGCAGGAUAGCCUGUGUCAGUGCACCCAGUGUGUACCAGAAGCUGAAAGAACAGGAUGGCACAGAUUUCUCCGUGUGUAUCCUGGAGUAUGACAGAAGGUUUUCUGUGUAUGGAGAAGAAUUUAUCUUCUAUGAUUACAACAACCCUUUGAACUUACCUGAACAUCUCCUGCCGCACAGUUUUGACAUUGUAGUAGCAGAUCCACCCUAUCUGUCCGAGGAGUGUCUUCAAAAAACUGCAGAGACCAUCAAAUACUUAACAAAGGGAAAGAUUCUGCUUUGCACAGGUGCAAUCAUGGAGGAACAGGCAGCAAAGCAUCUUGGUGUGAAGAUAUGCAAGUUUAUUCCAAAACACUCUCGAAAUCUAGCUAAUGAAUUUCGAUGUUAUGUGAACUAUGCUUCUGGACUGGACUGAUUCUUGGGAGAAGAUCUGGAACUUUCUCAGAAGAUCUUUUUCAAUCAAGUUACUUUGUAUUUUUUUUCAGUGACUCCACAAUGCUGAAACGUUCCACUCCACUCCAAGCAGUAUUUUCUGGGCUAGAAGUAAUCAACACAGGAUGAUAGUGUUUCUCUUUUAAAUGUGUAAGCAUUUGCAAGCAUUGUUUACCUUGCUUGUUAGGUAAGUGGGGACACAAACAGUGCAGGUUCUGCAUAAUGGAAACCUCUUUGUUAGAGUUCCAUUCCAACCAGUAGUUUUUACCGUUGGAGUACUUUUCUGUGAUCUCUCUGAAAUGAUUUUAGCUGGUUGGCCUCUAACACCACGUAGGUGCUUGCCUGACAGACAUCAGAACUGUCAGCUGUGUCAGAACUGAUGACUUGGGAGCUAGCGGAUGAUUGAAAGAGCAUGAAUAUUGGUCUCACCUUUCAGAGCUGUUUGUUCUGAACAUGAUGUGUUCAGAUUCAUUACCCAGCAGGCUGAUAUUUUUAUAAAGAAUAACUAAAGAGAAAACAUAUCUCCUUAUGGGUAGGUCUCUCCAGUUGCUUUUUAUAAUAAUCAAAGAUUUGCCAACUAAGAUAAGACCUAUUAUCUAUUGUUGUCACCAGAGUGGCUUUAAAAAAAAAUAAAUGCAGUGGUUGUUUCACCUUUUAUAAAGGUUUUUCAAAAAUCCAGACUUUGUUUUUGUAGACGAUGAGAUCUAUUUUGUCAUCAGUUGUCACCAUGUAAACUUGUGUAUGUGUGUCAUGCUUGAAAAAAGUCAUGUUAAACAUCUCUUUGCAGCAGUACAGUGCAUUUAUUUUGCAAUACAGAAUAAACAUGAGCAACAAAAACUGAUUAACUUGAAAAACAAAGGAAUACCCAACUAGACUUUUGUAUUCACUAGCUAAGCUUAUCUCUAAAUGUUGUUAUAAACCUCACGUCUCCUUGAGAAAAUCACAGUAAGGAUUCACCCCCUAGACAGAGCUUUACUUUCAUUAAGAAUCCUACAUGUAAGUCAGGUAAAAUCAGCCUAAAAUAUGAAGUAAUUAAUAAAAAUGCCAUACAUCAGCCAGUUGUCGAAAUUAGUGCUUCAGACCAUGUCCAUGGAUUCUCUUUGAAUUACUCCUAUUGCUGGCUAGGAAUUACUGCUUGUGUAGUGGCAUGACUCACAUAUGUGCAUUAAAUCUUGAAUCGCCGUGGAUCUGAUUAAAUACGGUGCCUGCAUUUUCAUCGAUUUCAAUAUCAACUUAAAGAUAACUUACAGAUAUAUCAAGAUUAUAGCUCCAAGAACAGGUCUUUUUUUCCUGAAUGCUGAUUUUCAUCUUGGUCUUCUGUCCCACAGACAGAAGUGUUAGGAGUAGAACAGAAAUUGUUGGAUCUUAAAAAGCUGACGAGGUAUAACGUUUGGUAAUGAACUUCUCUUGUUUCUAACAGGCAAAUGUUAAAUUCUAUAUAAAAGAGUUUUCAAGCUGUA